UGAAUUAACAGAAUAAUGAAGUGGACGUCAGUGUUGUGUUUUUGUAUAUUGGACUAUGUUGUAACAAGUCUAGGAUGUGCUGUCGGUAUUUCCACAGGCGAACUCCUAUCAUCUGAUAACUCGUGUUACCAAAUCAUCACCGAGAGCCUGUCUCGUCAGGUUGCCUCGGAGAGAUGUAUCACGGGAGGGGGACAUCUGGGGGUGAUCAGACAAAAUGUAACCUUGACAGCGAUAGGAAAUCGCAUCAAACAGCAGAGUGAAUCCGGAAUACUGAGCAGCACCGUAUUCUGGUUAGGAAUGAAUGUCACCAGGGGGCGCAUUCUGACUGAAAAUGGUCAAGAAGUACUAUUGUCAUCAAAUAUUGUUCAAUCAACAACAGAUUUCCCACGAGGAUCAUGUAUCCUUAUCUCAAUAUCCUCAGGAGAGCCAGUCCUUAUAUCAGCGGAUUGUUCUAGAGCAUUCUGGAUGUAUGGUUUUAUAUGUCAAUAUGCACUAUCUUCACAAUCAGCGUUAUCCUCUGGCAGUACUUCCGGGUUAUCCCUCAUCACUUUAGCUUUGCUUGUGACACGAUAUCUUCUUUAAGUGAUCUCCAUGUAUAUCUUGCUUCUUAGGCAUUUUAUUUAUUACGAUUUUUUUUUUAUAACGGAAUGACUUUUUUAAUGAAUGUGUCUGUGAAAGGCAUUAGAAUAUUUGAGAUAAUUUUAUCAUGGCUUGUUAUAUCAUUUUGUUUAAGAUCUUUCUAGAAUCUUUAAGCAGGCAUGGAAAGCCUUAUGUUGUCUGCUGAUGUUGUAUAUCAAUAAAAUAUUUCUAAUUUGAUAUCAGCAGGUAAUAUGGAGAACCGGAAGUUUUGCUCAAUUAUGAAAAUUUAGCUCUUUUAUAGAGUUAUGAUUAUAUGAGGUUUUCUGAUCAAAAUGUGUGUGUGAGGGUGUGUGUGUAUGUGUGUGUGAGGGCGUGUGCGUGAAUGUGUAAAAGAUUUUUUUUUUUACAUCUGCAAAACCCCGUCCCGGUAUAUAUGCCAGUAUCAAUCAAAAUUUUGAACAAAUAAUUAAAAUCCUAGGGGUUCAAAUUAAAGGGCUUAGCCCCCUUUAAGAGGAUAUUAUUUGAAAUUUGUGAACUUGGCUUAGUGGCAGGCCUCUAAGUGACCUAAAAAAUUAAGGUGCCAUCUGCCUCCUAAUUAAAAACAUUCAGUCGCCAUUGCAACUUCUUAGUCGCCAGGCAAACCUUUCUAAGGCGCCAAUUUAAAAACCUAUAUAAGUCAAUAUAUGGAGACAUGUCCAUUGCUAACUUUUAUACUUUUUUCUGCUCUUUAUAGAAAAAAUUUUAUUGUUCACUAAUUUGAUUAUCACCAGGUCUAUUUAAAAUGGUCGCCAAUUAGGCGACUUAUAGAGAAACUUUAGGCGCCAAUUAAAAUUUUUAGGCGUCAUGUCAUCUAAAUUAGUUGCCAAUUAGAGCCCUAAUGGUCUUUUUAAAUUGCUUUUCGCAUGACUUGCUGGACCAGUUUUUUUUUAUUGCUUUUGACUCAAAUUUGUGUAAACAAUGAGCCACAAAAACGGAACAACAAUAAGCGGCUACAAUUUGACAUAUAAUAUAUAUGCAAUUUUUUUUUUCAAAAAAAAAAAACUUGUUGAAAAUAUCAAGGCCACAAUAAGUAAAAUUUACACGCAAACAUACACAGUGAAAAUUAUACUUUGUCCAAAUUUAGGAUCUCAGAGCAAUAAUCAGCUGCAGUUAGAGGCCACUCAGAAAACUUAAGUAUUACGUGUAAACUUAUCAUCAAUACAUUUGAAAUUAAAAUAGUUUUAAAUAAUGGAAUUUUUUAAUUGAUGACCACAUUAUGGGGCUUCAUUUGUCUUUAAGGAAAAGACAAAUUGAAUCCUUUAAAAUGUCGUAUAGUUUAUUUUCAGUAUUGUUGGAUAUUUAUGGUCGAUUGAACUACGAUAAAAACACUAUUUCUCCGUUUUAUUUUUCAUGAAUAAUUUUAAGCCUAUUUCUUUUUUAUUCUUAUAAAGUCAAGCGAGGUAACUAUUUUUUCAUUGAAGUUUUUGAACAGUCUCAGUAUUAAUGGGGAGGCCAUUCGAAUAUGUAUCAUCACCACAUUUGCUCUGAAAAAGUUUGGAGAAAAUUUUUGUUCUUCAAACGACGCUCACAUCUCCCAAACUUUUAGAAUAGUAAUACAUGUACUUAAAUUUGUGUUUAGGUAGAUUAUGUUUCAUCAUUUUUAUAUUGGCGACUAUUUUGUUAUAUAGAAUAUUAUAUUAUAUAUUUCAGCGUAUUGUCAGAAAGUUUUACCUUUCCCAUCUUUGAUGCAAAUGUUAUA